UUAUCUAAAUUUUAGAGCCUAAAGUAUAAACUAACCUUAAGCCCUUAAACUACUAAUUUCUUAUUUGGAUCACUAUACGGCUACACUUACGAAUAUGCUGUGCAUACCUCUAUCAUUGCAUGUAUACAAUAUGAUAGAUGCACGAUAUGACAGACACACAAUAUGACACACGUACUUUUGCUAUCCUAACAUAUAUGAAUUUACUGAAAGAACUAAAAUGUCUUCAUUUUUUAAAUAUACACACGCAUAGCACAAGUGUGUUGCCAAAAAUAUGAAUACAGGUUUACAAUUCCUUAACUAAAACCCUAGGGUUGGAUGUUUUAGAAAUAAGAAUUUCAUACAAUUUUUAAGUGUUACAAGGUAUAUAAACCAAUAUAUAACAUCCCACAUACCAGCGGCCAAGGACAGCACCCCAUAAUCAAACAUAUUAAUAUAGUUUCAGCAAAACACAUGGGAUAAAGACUAUAUACAGCUUCUCAAUAGUUCAGGUCAUAUUUUGCUACCAAGUGAAUUUUGUUGCCAAGCUAAGAAGUUUUUGGUUUUCAGCGCUUUCUGAAUGUUAGUCUGAGACGUGGGAUUACAGACUGUACUCAUAGAGUGCUUCUAGAAAGCAGAGCCAGUCACUUCGACUCUCAUCUUUUUGAUGAGACUAGAAAAAUAAAUCAUAGCAAGUAGCUUUUAUAUUCCAGGUUUGGGCCAAAGACUUGUACUGUGGUUAAGUGGUUAAGGAAUCUAACUUAGCAGAAGGCGCAAGAGCUGACAUCGUGAGUGGCUAAAAUGAGGGGGAGAAAAAAAAGAAAAUCCUAAUCAUACAGCACUGAACUACUGCAGCUGUUCGUUAGUUAUUAAUUUAAUAAAAGCUUCCUCCCUUUAAACCAUGAGUUUAUAACUAUAAAAUUUCUGUCCCACACUGCUCACAAGCGGAUGGAGGCAAUGAGCUUUAAUCCCACUGGAAGGUACUGCACUCUGUCUAGGACCAGGAUAUGUAAAAAAAGCAUUUCAAAUAUAUAGGAAUAAGCAGAUACGUAUACAUUAUUCUCAACUUGGACCGUUACUCUAUAAUAUAAACGAAAGGGGUUUGUUUUCUAGUCAAUCUCUGCUGAUCUCCUGUAUCAAAGUUCUUCUCUUUAUCUUGUGAGUCUUGUACUACCUUUUACAAGGGGAAAAAGCUCUACAGCGAAAACACAGAACACACUAAAAUCCUUUCCUUUCUCUUUACAACUGAAGCCCCACCUCCAUUUUGUUUCUGUUACUAAUUAUUUUUCUGAAAAAAUAUCAAAUUUACACUAAAAGACUAAAAUUCAACUUUGCAGACAACAAUGUUUUAAAAAAUAUAAUUCAGUUUGGCGAUGUUAUUUUGCAGUCUUACAAUUGCAGCUAUAUUUUAACUGAACCAAUUGUUUUGUUCAAUUUAUGAGUUAAUACUCAGCAAGUUUGUUUUUUACAAAUAGUGUAUUCCAUUCUAAAAAUGGAAGUAGCAGUGGAGAGCAAGAAAACAACCCUCUGAGUUUUGGCUAUUUCAGGAGGAAGUACUACUUUGUCCAAUUUUAAUCACAAUUCAUAAAAAAGAAAAACCUAACUAGCUAGAUCUUAGAUAUACAAAUACAUUAAUAAUCUAGUAAAGCAACAGAAAAAGGUAAACUAACCAGCCUAUUUUUGUCUGGAGAAACCCCAACAAACUCUGCUGGAUUCCUUGGCCAUUUGCAUUCAGAAGUACCAAAAACUAAAAUCCUUUUUACUAAAUAAUUUAUUCUACACGAGAGUUGUUUCCUCCACACCACCCUACCCAAAUUAUCAGCAUUAUUCCAGAAUAUAACCAUUUAGUUUGAGACGACUAAAAAAUCCCACACUCCAAAAUACCAAUUGUGGUUAGUCUGUAAAGAAAUGGUCUGAAACUACAAAAUGUUAUCCUAGGACACAUAACCAAUCGACCAAAAGGACUUCUGGAAUAUGCUGCCCCCAAGAUUUAGAAUGCACAGGCAGAAAUAGCAUACGCGGUCACGAUGUCCCUUAAGCCACAUGACCUUCCUACGAAAGCAGAGGCUUAAACUUAUCAAAUGAGAACUCCCCCUUUCUCUGAAGUUAAAACAAGGCAGGGCAGCUGGAAUUAGUGCAGCAGGGACAGAACGGCUGCUGACUAGUCAGAACGGGUCGUGGAAUGCAAAGUCCCUGUGCUUUCGCUGCUCCCCUUACCGUGAGAAGAUCUGGGAGGGAGGAAAGGAGGAGAAACACCCCAGAAUCCUGGUAGAAAAGCCCCUGGCCUCGAAGAUGGGCUCUAGGGAGACAGGGAGGGGCAGCUCCGUGUGUGAUGACCCUUUGUGAACAUGCACUCUGUGGCAGCUUCGGCUCCACUGAGGCUUUGGGAGAGCGGACUACGGAUGCCCAGCGCGACCCUGCUGUGAAGGCCGCGCCGGCGGAGAGGCUCCAUGGCACCUCCGCCGGCUUCGGGAGCCCUUCCCUCUCCCACCUCCGCGGGUCACCCCAGGGCCCAGCGGCUCCCGAUCACGCUCGCGCGGACCACGGAACAGCGACGCAGAAGCCGGUCUCUUUCCUCAGCGUAAUCCCUCCGCAGCAGGCCGCGCACUAGUUUUAAUCACGCCCCACCCCCUGGCCGCUGGCGCCACCUCCGCCACUCGGGCGCUUUCCAGCAGCUUCCAGAAACGUCGCCUCCCCAAACCCAGCCACUCACACAUGGCGGGCUCAGCAACCACCGGCCCCGCCCCUCCUCGUCGCCGCAGUCGCAACUGCGUCUGCGGCCACAGGGCGGACAGCCACGCCUCUGCGGAGCGCGACCGGAAGUGCUCACGUCUUCACCUUCCCCGCCACGCCUCCGUUCUUUCAGGCCCUGCGUGCAGCAGGAAGGAGGACUCUUUUGCCGCGGACUGAAGCCGGAAGCCGCCUUCCUAGUGAAAACGCGAGUGGGGGAGGAGCAGUCCGAGGGGAACGUGGGUUGAACGUUGCAACUAGGGUGGAAAUCAAGCUGGAACGGGAGUUCCGAUCGACCCGGUACCAAGAAGGAGAGUGCCCGCGGCAGGGUUCAUUGAAAAAAUCGUUAGUGAUAUUGACAUGUCUCAAGUGACAUAAAUUAGCCAAUGACUCGGAAUGAUGGAUUCUCCGAAGAUUGGAAAUGGUUUGCCAGUGAUUGGACCAGGGACUGAUAUAGGGAUAUCUUCACUCCACAUGGUGGGGUAUUUGGGAAAAAAUUAUGAUUCAGCUAAAGUUCCAUCAGAUGGGUAUUGCCCUGCGUGUAGAGAGAAGGGAAAGUUAAAAGCCUUGAAGACUUACCGAAUUAGUUUUCAAGAAUCUAUCUUUUUGUGUGAGGAUCUGCAGUGCAUCUAUCCUUUGGGCUCUAAAUCACUUAAUAACCUAAUAUCUCCUGAUUCGGAAGAAUGUCACACUCAACAUAAGCCUCAGAAAAGGAAGAGCUUGGAAAGCAGCUAUAAAGAUUCAUUUCUUUUAGCAAAUUCCAAAAAGACUAGAAAUCAUAUUGUUAUUGAUGGUGAACAAAUUUUGAACAGCAAACAUAAUGGAGAAGUAUAUGAUGAAAGCUCAUCAAACUUACCUGAUAGUAGUAGUCAACAGAAUCCAAUUAGGACAGCUGAUUCCUUGGAGCGGAAUGAGAUUUUGGAAGCUGAUACUGUUGACAUGGCUACUACAAAAGAUCCUGCUACAGUUGAUGUCUCUGGAACUGGCGGACCUUCCCCUCAAAAUGAAGGAUGUACAUCUAAACCGGAAAUGCCAUUGGAGAGCAAAUGUACAUCAUUUCCCCAGACUUUAUGUGUCCAGUGGAAAAAUGCUUAUGCUCUCUGUUGGUUAGACUGCAUCCUGUCAGCUUUGGUGCACUCGGAAGAGUUAAAGAACACCGUGACUGGACUGUGCUCAAAGGAGGAAUCUAUAUUCUGGCGGUUGUUUACAAAAUAUAAUCAAGCAAAUACACUUCUGUAUACCAAUCAGUUGAGUGGCGUUAAAGAUGGAGAUUGUAAAAAACUUACCUCAGAAAUAUUUGCAGAGAUAGAGACCUGUCUGAAUGAAGUUAGAGAUGAAAUUUUUAUUAGCCUUCAACCGCAGCUUAGAUGCACAUUAGGUGAUAUGGAAAGCCCUGUGUUUGCAUUUCCCCUGCUCUUAAAACUAGAACCCCACAUUGAGAAGCUCUUCCUAUAUUCUUUUUCUUGGGACUUUGAAUGUUCGCAGUGUGGACACCAAUAUCAAAACAGGCAUAUGAAGAGUCUGGUCACCUUUACAAAUGUCAUCCCUGAGUGGCACCCACUUAAUGCUGCCCAUUUUGGUCCAUGUAACAAUUGCAACAGUAAAUCACAAAUAAGAAAAAUGGUAUUGGAAAAAGUAUCUCCCAUAUUCAUGUUGCACUUUGUAGAAGGCUUACCACAGAAUGACUUGCAGCGCUACACAUUUCAUUUUGAAGGCUGUCCUUAUCAAAUAACUUCUGUAAUUCAGUAUCGAGCAAAUAAUCAUUUUAUAACAUGGAUUUUAGAUGCUGAUGGAAGUUGGCUGGAAUGUGAUGACUUAAAAGGCCCAUGUUCUGAAAGGCACAAGAAAUUUGAAGUUCCUGCUUCAGAGAUACAUAUUGUUAUCUGGGAAAGAAAAACAUCCCAAGUGACAGAUAAAGAAGCUGCCUGCCUUCCACUUAAAAAGACUAAUGACCAACACGCUCUCGGUAAUGAGAAACCGGUAUCUUCAACAUCGUGUUCUGUGGGUGAUGCUGCCUCAGCUGAAACAGCCUCAGUAACUCACCCUAAAGAUACAUCAGUUGCCCCUCAUACUUUUUCACAGGACACAGCUGUAAUUCAUGGAGAUCAUUUACUUUCAGGUCCAAAAGGUUUGGUUGACAAUAAUAUUUUACCUGUGACACUUGAAGAAACUAUCCAGAAAACAACCUCAGUUUCACAGUUAAAUUCUGAAGCUUUCCUGUUAGAAAGUAAACCUGUAGCAGAAAAUACAGGAAUUCUCGAAACAAAUACUUUGCAAUCACAAGAAUCACUAAUGGCUUCUUCAGUAUCAGCUCCAUGUCGUGAAAAGCUUAUCCCAGACCAAUUUGUGGACAUAAGUUUUCCAUCCCAAGUUGUAAAUACAAACAUGCAGUCAGUACAGCUGAAUACAAAAGAUACUGUAAAUACUAAAUCUGUGAAUAAUACUGAUGCUACUGGUCUUUUACAGGGAGUGAAGUCAGUAGAAAUUGAGAAGGACGCUCAGUUACAACAGUUCCUUACACCAAAAACUGAACAAUUAAAACCAGAACAUGUCACAUCUCAGGUAUCUAAUUGGAAGAAAAAAGAAACUACAGCAGAUUCUCAAACCACAACAUCUAAGUCAUUACAGAAUCAGUCUCUGAAAGAAAAUCAGAAGAAGCCAUUUGUGGGAAGUUGGGUUAAAGGCUUAAUAAGCAGGGGUGCUUCUUUUAUGCCACUCUGUGUUUCAGCUCAGAAUAGAAACACUAUAACUGAUUUACAACCUUCAGUUAAAGGGGUAAAUAAUUUUGGUGGCUUUAAAACUAAAGGGAUAAACCAGAAGGCCCGCCACGUAUCCAAGAAAGCGCGUGGGAGUGCAAGUAAGCCUCCUCCCAUCAGUAAGCCACUACCAGGCCCUCCAUCGUCUAAUGGCACAACUGCCCACCCACAUGCUCAUGCUGCUUCAGAAGUUUUGGAAAAGUCUGGAAGCACCUCAUGUGGAGCUCAACUCAACCACAGUUCUCAUGGAAAUGAUCUUUCUCCAGCAAACCAUGAAGACUUGGUGGAAGGUCAGAUUCAUAAACUCCGUCUAAAACUUCGUAAAAAGCUAAAGGCAGAAAAGAAGAAAUUAGCUGCUCUUAUGUCUUCCCCGCAAAGCAAAACAGUUCCAAGUGAAAAUCUAGAACAGGUGCCCCAGGGUGGGUCUCCAAAUGAUUGUGAAUCAAUAGAGGACUUGUUAAAUGAGCUACCAUAUCCAGUUGAUACUGCCAGUGAGUCUGCAUGCACCACUGUUGCUGGUGUUUCCCUGUAUGGUAGUCAAACUCAUGAAGAAAUUUUAGCGGAAUUAUUGUCUCCUACAACUGUUUCAACAGAGCUGUCAGAAAAUGGGGAAGGUGACUUUAGGUAUUUGGGAAUGGGAGAUGGUCAUAUCCCACCACCAGUACCAAGUGAAUUAAAUGAUGUUUCCCAGAACGCACAUCUGAGACAGGACCAUAAUUAUUGUAGCCCCACCAAGAAAAAUCCAUGUGAAGUUCAGCCAGACUCUCUGACAAAUAAUGCCUGCGUUAGAACAUUAAACUUGGAGAGUCCCAUGAAGACUGAUAUUUUCGAUGAGUUUUUUUCCUCCUCAGCAUUAAGUGCUUUAGCAAAUGACACAUUAGACCUACCUCAUUUUGAUGAAUAUCUGUUUGAGAAUUAUUGAAUUCAUGCUUGUUAACUUUUUUUCAUAUAAUAUUUAUUCUUAGAAGAACUUACUAUGUGUUCAGGUAGUGUUUAUACACUGGACUUGUGUAAUUACUUGUGUAAUAAUGAUGAACAAAAUGCAAGGUUUGACCUUUGGUUCUGCCCAUGAAGCAUGUAAUCUGUCUUACAAAUUAAAAUCAUUUAAUGUGUUCUCCUUUUUGGUUUUAUUUUGUUCUUGUUGAGAGUAUGAGAAUUUCAAAAUGUUAAAGGUGAAAAGUGGCAUCAGUUUCUGACAGUUUGUACAGUUGGAUGCAUUAAAGUUUUAGAUUUGAA